CAGUGGGGAGGAGUCUUAUGCUUUAGGCCAGGACAGACCAAAGGACAAACAGACAGAACUGUAGAAAGAGAAAGUGGCUGAUAUCUGAAGAACCAAGAAUAAAAACACCUGAUUAUCCUUUCUGGAAGCAGAGAAUAAAGGAUAAUAAUAUUAGGCGUUGCUCACUCUCUCUGCUUCAGAGAUGGCAAUGUCUCCCACUGCCAUGGUGGCCCGCCGGGCUCUUGCUGCUGCAUCGCAUGGGAGCCACGAGGGAGGAGCAAAGACCUGGAAGAUCCUAUCCUUUGUAUUAGCACUGCCUGGUGUGGGUGUCUGCAUGGCUAAUGCUUACAUGAAGAUGCAGGCCCAUUCCCAUGACCCUCCAGAGUUUAUUCCAUACCCACACUUGCGCAUUCGAACCAAGCCAUGGCCCUGGGGUGAUGGAAACCACUCCCUCUUCCACAACCCUCAUGCGAAUGCUCUGCCCACCGGUUAUGAGGGUCCUCACCACUGAGCAGGUUGCCCUCUCCUGUCUUUGCUACACUGAGUGUCUCCCCGGAUGCGAGUCAACAGGGUCCCCAUUCCGCUGCAAUGACAGACAAUUUUUUUUAACACUUUUAACAGAAAUAAACCACUGUUUUCACUGAAAAGAGAAUUUUGUGUGUGUAUCGGAAUAAACAAAAAUCUGGUCAGACUA